AUGAAUCCCCAUCAGCAAAAUAAAGUGGACAUCAGCUCCCUCACGCCCGAGGAGCAGCGCCUGCUGCGCCUCUACGGCAAAAUGCCCACCAAGAAAGACGUCCUCCAGAACAAGCUCAAGGAGCGCAAGUACUUCGAUUCCGGCGACUACGCCCUCAGCAAAGCCGGCAAAGCCUCCGACGUAGGCGUCACCAACGUCGGCUCCCGCCACCCAGUCCCCGAGAACAUCCCCCACCUCACAGCCACCUCGCCCAACUCCGGCAGCAGCGCCCAAGGCCAAAUCCCCGGAAGCAUCAGCGGACAUCCAGGCUCGGUCGGCUUCCAGAACCGCAGCCCCGUCAAGGAUGGCUACUUGCAUCGCAACUCGAGUCUCUCCGAGGGUGAGCCUGAGAAUGAGAAGGAGCAGGAGCUGAGUGUGAGUCCGCCCGCUGCGAGGGAGGGCGUGCCCAUUCAGAGGUGA